GAGGGCUUGCAGCUUCGAAGCCCGGAUUCUGUAGCUAUGGUGAGGGCUUGCAGUUACGAAGCCCGGAGUAUGUAGCUAUGGUGGGGGCUUGCAGUUUGGAAUCGCAGAGUAUGUAGCUAUAGUGAGGGCUUGCAGCUGCAACGCUAGUGGAGUUGCAGGAUUUCGUAGCCAAACUUUGAAAUGUGGUUCGUCUCCUGGCCCGAUUUGGGGGUCCCUGUCUGGACUCGAAUUGCUUUCUUCCGUUUUCCAUGUCAUUUCCUGUAAUAAAAAGAUGGUGGUCAAAGCUAAGCGAAGCAGCUGACUCGCUGAAAAUGAUUUCAAAUAGAAACUUUACCUCGCCUGGGACUACUAAAAUCUGACUCAGUCGGGGAGCCGUACGAGGCGAGGGCGAGCCCGCGAAGAGGGUGGACACUGUGGAACAGAGGGGCGAGAUAAGAAGCCGCAAAACGCUGCGGAUCCUGGGGGUAGGAGACUAUUCAUAAAGUCUCGCCAUUCACCCAAUCCUCAGAGAUGGCAGAACCCACUGCCUCAAAAAAGGAUUUAUCCGCUGUUGUGGAUUCAAACUGCAGCAAAAGAGUGAAAGAGGAGGAGCCUGAUGAACCAAAAAGGAAGCUGAGAGGCAAGCGUGAGCACUCAGCAGCUAAGACCUGCCAGCAAGUGGAUUUCUGGUUUUGUGAGGAGUGCGAGGAGUACUUCGUGGAGGAAUGCCCGGCUCACGGUGCCCCUGUGUUCGUGUUGGACACCCCAGUUCCUCUUGGGGUUCCGGACCGCGCAUCCCUAACCAUCCCCUCAGGGAUUGAGAUCAUCCGCAAGCCCGGCGUGGAGACUGAUGCCUGCUGCGUUGACAAGGUCCUUAAGAAAGGGGUGCUGUUCGGACCCUACGAAGGAGAAGUCGUCUCUCAAGACAAAUCCUCUGGGUUUUUCUCUUGGAUGAUUGUUGACAAAAAUAACAGAUACAAAUCGAUUGACGGCACGGAUGAAACUAAAGCUAAUUGGAUGAGGUACGUGAUUAUCUCCAGGGAGGAGAACGAGCAGAACCUGAUGGCUUUCCAGCAUGGCGAGCGGAUCUAUUUCCGCGCGUGCCGGGAUAUCCAGCCGGGGGAGAGGCUGCGGGUGUGGUACAGCCAGGAGUACAUGAGGCGUCUGCACAGCAUGUCCCAAGAGAGCAUCGACCGGAACCUGGCUGGAGGGAUGGUAAUUAUGGAAAAAUCAGAAGAACUCAUUGGAAAUAAGCAGGAAGUGAAAGGAACGAUCCUCCGGUCUGCUCUUAGAGGAGGGAGAGCCGCGAGCAAGGGGCUGAACGAGGACGGGGAUUGUCUGCCUCAAGCCAAGAAGAAAAAGAUAGACCUCAUUUUCAAAGACGUUCUAGAAGCCUCUCUGGAAGCCUCAAAGAACAUGGAAGCAAACCCCCUGGAGCUGAACCACGCCCUUCCUCUGCGGAAGACCAGGGCGCACCGCGUCGAGGACGUGUUCGAGCAGCACAGGACCUCCUCUGUCCAGAGAGGUCUGGACUGCAAGCCCCCGGCCCAGCUGUCUGCUUUUUUCACCGCGGGGGGUGGUCAGUCUGAAAGUGAACUUGACCUGUGCUGUGUGAAAGAAGAUCCCGAUGAUGUACACAGGAUCUUGUGCGAGAGGCAGCAGGACAAGAGCCCCUCGACCUCUUUCUGUCCAAACUGCGUGAAGCUUACAAAGAAAAUAAGGGAACUCCAGGCAGAGCUGGAUCGGCUAAGGUCUGGCCAGCACCCUGAACCCCUGCUGCUGCCGUCACUGCCCGUGCCUUCUCAGCCAGAUGAACUGAGAGCUUCAGAAGCCAUGACCCCCGUACCUGCAGUUGUGGAAGAAGAUGAGCAGGACGUUGACUCUGCCGAUGAGUCCAUAGCGACGGAUUUGAUGGUUGUCACAGAUGAAGCCUCUAAAAUGGCCAGCGGCCCCGGCAGAAGGAUCCGCCGUUUUAAACAGGAGUGGCUGAAGAAGUUCUGGUUCCUGCGAUAUUCCUCGACGCUGAACGAGAUGUGGUGCCACGUCUGCCGCCAGUACACCGUCCAGUCCUCCAGAACCUCCGCUUUCAUCAUCGGAUCCAAGCAGUUCAAGAUCCACACCAUCAAGCUGCACAGCCAAAGCAACCUGCACAAGAAGUGCCUCCAGCUGUACAAACUAAGGAUGCACCCGGAAAAGACGGAAGAGAUGUGCAGGAACAUGACCGUUCUCUUCAACACCGCCUACCACCUGGCCCUGGAAGGGAGGCCUUUCUCUGACUUCCGACCCCUCGCCGAGCUCCUGAAGAAGUGCGAACUCAAAGUGGUGGACCAGUACAUGAACGAGGGAGACUGCCAGAUGUUGAUCCAUCACAUUGCCAGAGCACUUAAGGAGGAUCUCGCUGAGAGAAUCAGGCAGUCUCCGUUCCUCAGCGUCAUAAUGGAUGGGCAAAGCGAAGAUAUCCUUGCGGAUACGGUAGCCGUCUAUGUGCAGUACACAACCAGCGACGGCCCCCCCGCUACAGAAUUCUUGUCCCUGCAAGAACUGAGCUGUGCAACCACUGAUGGUUACCUCCAAGCUAUCGAUAGGGCUUUUGGAGUUUUAGGUAUGAGACUGCAGGAUGAGCUAAUUGUUGGCUUGGGCAUCGAUGGAUCCAAUAUCUCUUCCGGACUGAGAGCAAGUUUGUUCCUCACAAUCAGAAAAACCCUGCCCUGGGUGCUUUGCCUUCCGUUUAUGAGCCACCGGCCCCACUUGGAAGUUCUGGAUACGAUAAGUGGUAAAGAACUUUCCUGCUUGGAGGAACUGGAGAACAACUUGAAACAGCUGCUCAGCUUCUAUCGCUAUUCCCCCAGGAUGAUGGCUGAGCUGAGAGCAACGGCACCCACCCUUUGUGAAGAAACUGAAUUCUUGGGGGAUAUACGAGCAAUCAGGUGGAUCAUUGGGGAGCCGAAUGUCUUGAAUGCUUUGAUAAAGGACUAUCUAGAAGUGGUGGCCCAUCUCAAAGAGAUCAGCAGCCAGACCCAGAGAGCGGAUGCUGCUGCUAUCGCUUUGGCAUUACUUCAGUUCCUCAUGGACUACCAGUCAAUUAAACUCAUCUAUUUUCUGCUGGAUAUCAUCUCAGUUCUGUCUCGCUUGGCUUUUGUCUUCCAGGGCGAUUACCUUCUUGUUUCCCAAGUGGACUCUAAGAUGGAAGAGUCCAUUCAGGAGAUCAGUAGGCUGGCUGACUCUCCAGGCGAAUACCUGCAGGAGUUUGAGGAAAACUUCAGGGAAAGCUUUAACGGCGUUGAGCUGAAAAACUUAAGAGUGGCGGAAUCCAAGUUUCAGUCCAUUAGGGAAAAGAUCUGCCAGAAAACCCAAGUGAUUCUAGCUCAGCGGUUUGACUCCAGGAGCAGGUCAGUUGUCAAAGCUUGCCAAGUACUUGACCUCACCUCGUGGCCAAGGAACAUGGAGGAUCUGAUGACUUUCGGGGAGGACGAGAUACUGCUCAUCUUCCGGCACCUGGAAACUGUGCCAUCUGUGGCAAGGGAGGUUUCCAGAGACCGGGGCGACAUUCGAGGAAGCUUGGUGGUGGAAUGGCGAGAUCUGAAAGCGGAUUACUACAGCAUGAAUGGAUUUAAAGAAGUGGUUGGUCACAUUUGUAAAUACAAGCAGAGAUUUCCACUCCUGAAUGGAAUUGUCCAGGUUAUAAAGGUUUUGCCAACCUCUUCGGCUUGCUGCGAGAAGGGUCGGAGCGCCCUUCAGAAAGUUCGGAGGAAUUGCAGGUCCCGUCUCACUCUGGAACACACCAAUGACCUGUUGACGCUGGCUGUCAAUGGCCCACCCAUAGCAAACUUUGAUGGUAAAAGGCCACUGGACAGCUGGUUCGAAGAAAAGUCAGGGAACAGUUAUUCGCUGUCAACUGAGAUGUUAAGCAGAAUGUCUUCAGUUGACCAGAAGCCAGUUCUCACUGGAAUGGACCUGAAUGCUGAAUUUUACCCUGACAUUUGACCAGGGACAUGACCACCACAAUAACUUAAAUGACAAGUGUUGAAAUGGAUUAUGGAAUGGAUUUAUCACAAAACUCCAGGAAAUAGGGUUUAUCACAUUAAAAUGACAUCAGAGAGUGGCAGUAGAAGUAUUACUGAUUUCAGUAUUACUACAUUCAUUUUCACUGAACAUAAAAAUCCCACAUGCAAAAACAGCUUCUGAUUCCAAUUGACUUUGAAGAGGUUUAUUAGAAAACUUGAUUCAUAAAAACUGACAUUUAUAGUAAGAAAUUAUACAUAAAAUGUAUUCCAUAUUGGCACUUACUAAAUCCUUAUACGCACUUAUUAGCAAGUUGUUUGUACAUCUGUCCAGAUACCAAAUGUAACUAAGAGAGUGGGUGUUUAUUUGUAUGCAUGUACAGUUUAACAUUGCCCUUCUGCAAGCUUCAGGGAUGGCCUUUCAUUCCUUUCUGGAGUAUAUCAUCAACGUUCUGGGCUUUUUGAUGGGUUUGAUUGGCAACGACCCAAAGGUUUUGAAGAUGUCUUCUACAGGGCUUAGAGCAACGUAGACUAAUUAAGCAAAAUAAUAAAUGUCCCUUUGGAACACCUACUUCCUGAAGCAGCGGCCGUUCUUUGGAAUCCAGUCACAUAGCUUGUUAACAAAUUAAGGGGGAAACUAAUCAAUCCUGUAUAUUUGUAAAUGGACACAUUUGUGUCUUUAAAUGCCAAUGUAUAGAUAAGCUGGAUAAAAGAUAAUUAUUUGUAUGUUAAAAUACUACAUACAUAAACAAACUUAAAAGCCAUGUUUAUCAUCAACUCACUGAAUCAGUCAUUAAAUACUAGUCUGUGAGAAGCCUACACUACUUUACAACAGUUGCAUAUAUAUGUACAAUAUAUAUAGAGUGGCCAUUUGUAAAGGCAAAAUAUUCAUACAUUUCUUUAUAGAUACAAGUAUGGUAAAUAUGUAAAGUAUUUUGGGAUAUUUAACUUUGUUGCACCUGAAGUUUACAGUUUAGGAGCAAUUAGCACUUACGCUAAAAAUCUAAGCCCAUGUGUUAGAUGUACAUUGGCAGUUUGCAUGCUGCUAAAUAAAAUAUAUAUAUUUAUAUAAAAAUAUAUAUUUUUUUGAUAAGGUCUUAGUUGUGUUUUCGAGUGCUUCUUAUUGGUAAAGUUGCCUCUUUUUCUGAUGUGGCGCUCUGCUCACAGUAAAAAGAAGAGAGAUGCUCUCAUUGCAACCUGCAGCAGGUGUCAGAGUGACGUGUGCCCUUGCAUGUAAGCGCUUCGGUCCCAGAGACACCAUGGAAAGAACACAAGGAGGAAUGCCGGGUGUGUAACACCUCUUAUUCGGGAUUCAGACAUUGUUCCAGCUUGCUGUCUUCUUGGUUAUAGAUGUUAAACUGAUUGACAGGAUGCUCUUGCUGUUGCAGCUGCUUCUGUAGUCCAAACUAGCUUGCCAAAUCACAGCGUUUUGCUGGAUUUGUACUACAGGGAGGGAUGGGGAUGGGGAUGGGGGGGAGAAGUUGUCUAUUUACACGUUCAAAUAUGUGUAACCUUUAAACACUUUGAUUGAUAACUGGUGAGCGAAACCGUUAUCGAUAUAUUUAACAGGCACUUAAAUCCAAGCACUCAUUCAAUACAUUUCCAGUAACUUAACCCUUGAAUUGAUGUAUGGGACUUCAUGAGCACACCAAACUGUGCAUAGCUGGGUGGCUUUCUUAUUCAUGUCAAUGAGGGAUAGUCAGUGAAAUCAAAUGUGUUAUUUCACAUUAAAAUGAUCACUUGCACACCUUUUGCUCUGUUAAAGACCUUUUGCUAAUUUGCAUCAGGUGUGCAUGCUCUAAACACAGCACACUAGAUUCUUGGCACCUCGUCACAUGACCUGAUUGCAGUUUGACUAUUGGAUGAAGUUAGACUCGACAGCAUGUGAAGGGAUUAGGUAUCAGAAAGCAACUUUUAAAGAUGGGUCGUACAAAAAACGAAUCUGCUGCUCUGCAGAACAAAUAUACAGACAUAGAACCAAGCAAUCUCAAAUGCAAGCAACACCAGUGAUAAUGUUGCAGAGAGAAUUGCCAGCCCUUUUAAGCAGCAGCAGAAAUGCAAAGUACAUGGAUGGUUGCUUGUUUGCUAGAUGGUGUUGACUCAAUAUUGAGGUUAUAAACUGUGUGUGAUAGAGCAUAUCUGUCUGAAUGUCGUAGCAUUUGGUUGACGAUUGAUUAUUUAUUUUUUUUUUAAAUAAGUAAAACAGAUUUUUUUUGCAACUUAACUUUGCACUGUAUAAGCCGUUUUC